GCGAUGGUUAUACUAAAGCACCCAAGGACUGCUCUCAUACCGUUGCUCAUUCUCUGGCUUUCUCUAUUCGUUUCGGAUUGUAUCAUUUUGACACGCACUCACACAACUCUAGCUGGCCAGGACGCUCCUAUUAUCGUAGGGGCUGUUGCAGCGCUUGCAGGGAUGAUCGUCAUUCUUUGUAUGCCGCUGCGUGACCCCGAAUUGCCCAACGAGGAGAUCAGCACUGUGUUUACGCCACCGAACUCUACUCUACGCACUCCAGAAGACGACCUGACGCCCUGGCAGUGGAUGUCAGUAUCCUGGAUGGCCCCCCUGGUUUCUUUGGGCUCGAAACGACAGCUUCACGACGAAGACGUCUGGGACCUCGGGUAUGAAUUCAAGCAUAGGAGACUCCACGAUGUGUUCCGAGAGCUGCGAGGGUCCGUGAUCAGGAGAUUACUAAAAGCAAACGGGCUUGACCUUGCAAUUACAACCUCAUUGAGCAUUCUGGAGCUUCUUGCGAACCUUUCGGCACCGGUGUUAUUACAGCAACUUCUCCGGUCCAUGGAAGACGGCGACGCACCUAGGAGCGCAGCGAUCACGUUUGCUGCCUUGUCGCUUCUCGUACGCUUAGUAGCAAGCCAAUCGGCGGUGUUUAACCUUUGGUUCUGUAGGCGCGCGUAUGAGCGAUCUCGUGGAGAGAUGAUCACGAUGCUCUACGAGAAAACGCUGAACAGGAAGAUUGUCUCUGCUCGGCCCACGAACACGUCGGAGGAUAGCUCUAAUGGUAAUGGGAAUACGCAUAGCCAUUCAAAUGGCGAAACGAACGGUAGUUCGACCCAUAAGAGCAGCAAAACAGGUUAUCCGAAGAUGAUAUGGAAUAAGAUGUCCCAUUUUGUCUCAUUGCCAUUCCGAUGGAUCAAUGUCGGAAAAGCUCCCGAAACGGUCAAGGAGCCGGCUUCGAUGGGUAAGAUCUUGAAUUUGAUGAGAAAUGAUGUGUAUGAGGUAGCACAAAGAUUUUGGGAAUUUCCUAACCUCAUCACGAAGCCUCUCGGCAUGAUCUUAUCCAUUGUUCUUGUCUGGAGGAUUCUCGGUUGGCCAUGUCUCCUCGGAAUGCUAACAGUCAUACUCGCCCAGGUUAUUAAUGCUUUUAUUGCUCGCGCCAUUGUGCGCUGGGAACGGAAACGUAGAAUUGCAACUGAUGGAAAACUCCAAAAGAUAUCUCAAUUCGUCGAAGCAAUCCGCCACCUCCGUUGGUAUGGCUGGCAAGAGACAUGGCUUACGGAUAUCAUGGAGGCGCGGCAGCAUGAGCUAAACCUUCGAAUUGUAACCGGGGUUCUCCGCUUAUUCAUAUAUUACUUCAACUCCCUGGCAAGCGGCCUCUUCCCAGUAGUCGCGUUUGCCGCUUACACGACAUUGGCCGGCCUACCGCUGCGAAUAGAUAUUGCAUUUCCAGCUCUUAGUCUUUUCGCCAUGCUGGAAGAAAACCUUCGCGAGAUACCCAACUUGAUAACGGUCUUAUUGAAUGCUGCCGUUGCAGUCGAUCGAAUAGAGAACUUUAUGAGCGAGCCGGACAGGGAACAUUUUGAGACACCGCCGACCACUACUACACAGCUGGAGUUGAAGAAUGCUUCUUUUGCGUGGCCUGGUGCUGAUGAAGAUACGUUACACGAUGUGUCGCUCUCAUUCCCAACAGGAUUGACAGUAGUCUACGGAGAAGUCGCGUCAGGAAAGACGGCAUUAUUGCAAGCUCUACUUGGCGAACUAGAUAAGACAGGAGGCGAAAUUACCCGGCCGGACGAGAUGAUUGGGUAUUGCACGCAGACUCCCUGGCUACAGAGUAUGAGCAUCCGCGAAAAUAUUCUUUUCUCCUCGCCCUACGAAGACGCUCGAUACAAAGAAGUUCUAGAUGCGUGCGCUCUCCUAGCUGAUAUGGCCAACUUCAAAGACGGAGAUCUUUCUAACGUAGGCGAGAACGGCGUGGGCCUAUCAGGAGGGCAAAAAGCACGCGUGGCGUUGGCAAGAGCGGUAUAUAGCAGGUCUCGGAUUUUGUUUCUCGACGAUCCGAUUUCUGCUCUCGAUCAUCAAACUGCCGAAAGAAUUGUUCACAAAUGUCUUUCUGGACCGUUAGUAGAAGGCCGGACCACAGUGCUCGUGACACAUCGCACUGAAUUAUGCCGUGGUCUGGCGAAGCAAUGGAUAGAAAUGUCGGAAGGAAAAGCAACUUUGUCGGAUCACUUUACUGAGUCGGCGAACACCCUACAUAAGGUCAAAUCCCCAGAAGCUCUGGAUGAGGCUGAAGUCAAGAGACGAGAACAAGAACAACUUGCUGCAAUCCCCGAUAAAUUUAUUGAGGAAGAGCAUCGGGCGCAUGGCGGAGUCCAAGCGCACGUCUGGUGGCAAUAUAUCAAGGGCGGGAAAUUGAGAUGGUGGGUCGUCUUGGCUCUUACCAUGACAGCUUAUCGUGUUCUCGAUCUCGCAAAUACUUGGUUCAUCAAAGCUUGGGGUGAACGAGACGGCCAGGUGAAACAACAAGCUUUAUCCGGUAUCUACGACGGCCUCCCACCACCAGAGGAUAACAUCAUACCAUGGCUCAUUGUUUUCACGUUGCUCCAGUUCACCAUUUCUUUCUUCCUGGUCCUCACUCAAGGAGUCAUGCAGAUCAUAACCUACUUCACGGGGAAGCACCUGUUCCGGGAUGUCAUGGACCGUGUGGCGUACGCAUCAUUCCGUUUCUACGAUGUCACUCCCGUCGGUCGCCUCAUGAAUAGGCUCACAUCUGAUAUUAACACGAUCGACGGGAACAUCAGUGUUGGGUUUGCAUCUGCGACUUGGUCUACUAUUUCUUGGAUCACGUCGCUCGUCAUUAUUGCGUCCGUUACGCCAGUCUUCCUCGUGUUCUCCUUGGCUCUCGCGGCGGCAUUUGUGCUCAUUUUUAGACGCUUCCUUCCAACGUCGCAAAGUUUACGGCGCCUUGAGAUGGUAUCUCUAAGCCCGCUUAUGUCUAAUUUCGGUGCUCUCUUAGAUGGUUUGACGACAGUUAGAGCGUUCUCUGCUCAGCAUAGAUUUCAAGAACGUGUGAUUGAAGUUACAGACAGGUUCCAGAAGAUGGAUCAUUUCUACUGGAGUCUCCAGGCAUGGUUGACAUAUCGAUUCGAUACCCUCUCUGCAUUUGCAACCCUAAUCCUCACUCUGCUGGCAAUCUAUACCAACGUGUCUCCCGGCCUGACCGCCUUUGUCCUAAUCGCUGCUUCAAAAUUCGUCCUAUCAACCCACAUCCUCUGCAAGCAAUACGGCGCCCUCCAAAUGGACUUCGUCUCCGUCGAGCGCGUCGUCGAGCUCCUCGACCUCGACAAAGAACCCCUCGGCACCAUCCAGCCGCCCGCCUGGUGGCCCUCCCUGACCGGCGACAUCGUCUUCGAGAACGUCACGGCCCGCUACGCGCCCCACCUCGACCCCAGCCUCGCCGGCAUCACACUCCGCAUCCCCGCGGGCUCCAACACCGCCAUCAUCGGCCGCACGGGCUCCGGAAAAUCCACCCUCGCCCUCGCCCUCCUCGCGACCAUCGUGCCGGAAUCCGGCCGCAUCCUGAUCGACAACGUCGACCUCGCGACCGUUGACCGCCAGGCGCUCCGCCGCCGCGUCACCUUCCUCGCCCAGGAGCCCGUCCUCUUCCCGGGCACCAUGCGCCAGAACCUCGACCCACUCGCCGAGUACUCGGACGCGGCGUGCGCGGGCGUGCUGGCCAAGAUCGCGGAGCGCCACGGGUGGACACUCGACAUGCGCGUGGAUGCGGGCGGACGCGGGCUGAGCCAGGGGCAGCGGCAGCUCGUGGGGCUGGCGCGGGCGAUGUUGCGCAGGAGUAGCGUGAUUAUACUGGAUGAGGCGACGGCGAGUAUUGAUAUGGAGACGGCGCAGCGGAUUCAGACGGUGCUGCGGGAGGAGAUGCGCGGGAGUACGGUGAUUACGAUUGCGCAUCGGUUGGAGGCGGUGCGGAAUGCGGAUUUUUGUGUUGUGUUGGGGAAGGGGAGGGUGGUGAGGGCGGGUGGUGCGAGGGAGAUGUUGGAGGAGGGGGGGGAAGGGCAGGUUAGGGAGUUGUUGGGGUAG